AUGUUAAUUCUCUUGAUUGAAGUUCUUUUACUGUUUAAUGAAUUUAAGUAGAUAAUGAAUUCAUUAUGAUAGCUAAAUUCUAGUAUUUGGAUGCAAAUAAGAAAUAUUAGAUGAAGCAAUUUAUGAAAUUCCGCAUACAUUUUCAACAAUGUAAACUAUAGGUAUAUGGUUCAAAUGGGAACCAACAUUAAACCGAAUGUCAAGAUUAGAGAACUAUAAUCCUCGUUAUCUGUUGUAUCUAGAAUAGAUCGAAUUGGAUAAAACAACUUCAGCAGUUAGGAUAUUUUAAGAGUUUGAAUACGAGUAUUUUUAUGUAGAGCACUAUACAUAUUAAAGUUAUUCAACAACACUUUAGAAUGAAUAAAUAUAAUAGAUAGAAAGAAUUUAAUCAUUUAGAUUGGAUUCAUAACUUAUGGAAGGGAAUUGGGGAUUUCAUUGUUUCAGUUACAAUCCAUCAACAAAAGAAUAUAAAGUGUAUCUUUGGUAUGCAAAAAUAGGUGGAAUGACAGAUGAUUAUGUUUUUGAAUCAAAAGGGCAUAACUUAGAGAGAACUUAGGGAAAAUACAAUUAUAUAUUAGGAGAUUAUAAGGGUACUCCAUUUGGCUAAGUUUUUCCUAAGUUAGAUUCAGGUCUUACUUUAGAAAAAUUCAGAGGGAAUAGAAGUUAGUUGUAUUUUAAUGAUUUUUAUGUGGAAACCUUAUCAGGUUUUUUAGCAUUAGAUUAAUUGAGUUGUGAUAUGUAUAAUUAUUGUAAAGCAAUUGGAACAACAAAAAUAACUGAAAUAUUAAUAGAUGGAGUAAAUUCAAAUUUUCCAUAAGUAUUCACAAAGUUCUAUAGAGAAGAAAGGUUUAGUUUAUCUGGAUGGGUGAAAUUAAAUCAUAAUUAUGGGAUCAUAAGAGAAAUUACAAUCAUAAGAUUAGCUAUUUAUUAGUUUUAUUCAAAUGAUUAUAUUCUUGGGGAUAGAGUGUUUAUGAUGAGUUAUCAAUAUAAUCCUGAAUACAUUGAACAUUCGUUAAUUAAAAUUGAUACCUAUUCUUAUGAUUUUCCAUUUUUAUCAUUUUAAUCAACUACUGAAUAUGAUACUUAUUAGAAAUCAGGAUUAAAUAUAUUUAAUUUGAUGACUAAAUGGCAUUACUUUAUGUUUGAAGCAGGAAUUCAAUAACCUUUAUAUAAUGUUAAUAUUAAAAUAAAAGAUGGAUUAAUAUUAGAUUCAAAUUAUUAUGAUAUAAAUUAUAACUAUCCUAUGCGAAAUUAAUUCAAAUCAUCAAAUUUAAUAGUAAAUUUAGGAGGAGAUAAAUUAAGUUCUACUCCUAUGAAUGGAUUCUUAGCAAAUAUAGUUUUUGAGUAUUGUUAUUAGAGUGAUCAAACAUAUAAAUUAAGUAAUAUUUUUAAUUUAAUUUUAAAAAGGAUGCCAUAAAAUUUGUAAGACAUGCUUUGGUCCUGAUAAAACACAUUGUUUAAGUUGUAAUGAUGAUACAUUCAAAAUUUUAAAAAAUAAUGAGUGUUUGUGUUAACGAAAUUAUUAUGAAGAUGAAAAUAAUAUUUGUUAAAGUAAUUAAUGUAAUAAAAAUAGAUCAUAUAUCAUAUUUAGGAUAGCUUCAAUUAAUUUAAACUAAAUUUUAUAAUUUAUGUGAUGAGAAUGAAUUCUAAAUUCCUAUUAAUAAUUCAAUAAUUUGUUAGAAAUGUCCUUCCUCAAAAAGUAGUCAUAAGAUAGUAUGUGCUGAUUGCUUAUAAAAUCAAAUGGAUUGGUAUAAAAAUCCUAUUUGUUCAUAAGAUUACAUAUAAUUUUAGACAAAUGAUAUUUUUGAGAAAGAUAGUGCUUUUUAAAAGAUCUAGAGAAAUUAGAUUGAUUACGAAUAUUAUCUAAUAAGAAAAGAUUCAAGUUUAGAUCUUUGUGAAGGAUGUUUAGGAUUGGUUACAGAUGAUAAUUUAACAUAUAUUUUAAGAUUCUAAUUAGAUUAAUUAACUAAAAUAUAAUGCAAACCUUGUCAUAAAAUAAUAUAGAAUUCUUGUGUAAUUGUGAAUUAAGAUUGUAUCGAAUGUGAUGAAGAAUUUAAAUGUUUAACAUGUUAAUCUGACUAUUUAAUAUUAAAUUAAGGAUGUGUUAAGUGUCCAACAAAUGAAUGUGCUUUAUGUUAAAUUAAUAAAGAUAAAGUAGAAUGUGCAACCUGUCCUUAAACUACUUUUCUAAGUAAUGGAACUUGUUUAAAAUGUGGAUAAAAUUGUUAAAUAUGUGAUAAUAUCAGAUGUCAUAAAUGUAUAGAUAUAAAUAAAUACUAUAUUUCACUUGAUGGACUCAAUUGUUAUCCUAAUCCUAUUGAGAAUUGUUUAAUUGCUUUUGAAAGAAUAGAUGGUGAAAUUACUUCAUCACUUUAAUAUAAUUAUUCUCUUUCUUAAAAUUAACAAAUUACUGUUGUUGAAUGUGCUUUAUGCAAAUCUAACCAUAUUAAUUAAUUGAAUAAUUGUUUAUAUUCAGAUUAAAUGAAUAAAACUGAAUAAAUUCUAGAUAUUUUUAAUAAUGGUUAAAUUCUUUAACUGAAUACUUCAACAAUUAAAGCAACUUAAAAUUUGAAUAUUGCAUAAUUCAAUAAUCUAAUCGAUUGUAAAAGUCCCUGUUUUUAGUGUGUUAUGGAGAAUCAAAUUUUAUUAGAUGGAUGGAAACAAAAACUUAUUCCAUUUUAUAUUCCAUAUUUCUCAUCAACUAAAUUUCAAUAAUCUAAUAAUCUUAUCUAAUUGUCUUCUCUCUAUAGUGAUACAAAACUUCAAAUUAGUUGUACUUCAUGUAGAUAUGGAUAUGAAUUAUAUUAGACUUAAUGUAUACCUCUUUGUUCAUCUAAUUGUGAAUGUAAAAAAAUUAAUUUUAAAAAUGUAUGUUAUAAAUGUAAAUCAAAUGAAAGAGGCUAAUAAUUAAGUCUUUAUGAUGAUAAUUGUAUAGAAUGUCCUUACAAUUGUGCUCAUUGCAGAUUAAGAUCAAAAAAAGAAAUCCAAUCCAUUAAUCCUUAUUUUGAUCCCCAAUAUUAGGAUUUAAUAAAAUAUGGAAAUUAAUGUCUAAUUCCUUUUAUUGAUACUACUCUAUUUUAUGAUGUUGAAAUCGGUGUUUAUGUAGAAUGUCUUAAUUCACUCUGCUAUAAUUCUAUUAAAAUCAUUCUCAAUUAUUAUUGUGAUCUCAUUAGUUAUAAUUCUGCAAAAUCAACUUACAAAGGAACAUUAGAAGAAUUCUAAAAGUAUCAUAUUCUUCUUAAUGAUUAUGAAUCUUAUUAACCAUUUUAUGAAACACAGUUUUUUUACUCUAUUAUGAAUUAAAGAACAAUUAAAUAAAUUAAUUUUGAAAUUAUUUUUAUUUCAAGUAAUAUUUAAUGUGGAUUAAUUAAUAAUUUAACUAUAGCAACUAAUUUGAAGAGAAAUAUUUUUACAUUAAUUAAUCUUCCAAUUCUAAUUAAAACUAAUUUAGCCUAAUUAACACUACUUAUUAAAACCUUUCAACUUAUAGGAUUUUCAUCUGUUAUCAUUCAAAAUCUAUAAAUUUCUAAUUUCCCAUUAAAUGAUAUUUAUAUCUACAUUUCCUCUACUUAUGGGGUUGUCUUCACAAUCAAAGAUAUUAUUUUUAGUUGUUAAAAUGUCAAGUUAUAAUUUAUUAUCAAUAAUCCAAAAUCAUUAAUUUGUAAUUCCCUUACUUUUAAGGAUAUGACUGUUAACAAUACCUAUGGAAUAUUUAUGUAUUAAGGCUUCAAUAAUAAUAAUUAAAUUGUUUAAAUUGAAUUUAAAAAUGUUAAUGUUAUCAAUACUAUUCUCAUUAACUCUUCACUUUUAGUUUUAUCACUUUUUGAAAACUUUCAAAACUAAAAUGUUUAAAUUAAUUCAUUUUAUGUUCAAGAUUCUUAAUUUUCUUAAUCAACCAUAUUAUAGACUAAUUAUCAAUCAUCAAUAAGAAAAGCUGUAUUUGAAUUAAAUUAAAUGAAAACAUUAAAUUCAACAUUUAUAUCGUCUACAUUUCUAAAUUUAGAAGGGUUUCUUUCAGUUAAAUUGAUUGAUUGUUAAUUAUAAUCAAGUUAAUUAAAAUUAGGUUCAAUUUGGCUUAUUUUACCCUUGUUUUCACUACAAAAAUUAAAAAUAGUUGGUAAUACUUUAGAAACAUCAAAUGAUAGAUUUAUUACAAACAAAGCAACUGUAGCAUAUUCUGAUUCAAAUAAUAAUUAAAACUUUAUAAAAAUUUAAGAUCUAAUUAUUGAGAAUAAUUAAUUUGCAAGUGGAAAAGCAUUCAUUGAAAUAUACUAAGACAUUUUUAUUAAAUUAUCUAUAGAAAUUUUGGAUUUGAAAAUUCAUUUUAAUUAAUUGUUUGGAUAAUCUAGUAAAUUUAAUAAAAGAGAUAUAGUCUCUGAAGAUUCGACAAUUUACCUUGAUGUUUAUUAAAUAUCAUUAUAAAACAUUGAUAUUAUAAGAAAAUAAUCUUUUCCUGAAUUUGCAAUUUUAAACAGUAUUGAUGUUAAAAUAAUAAAUUUGAAAGCUAGCCAUUCUGAACAAAAGACUAGUUUUUUGCAUAAUGCCUUUUCAUGUGCAUAAAGUUAGAUAUUUGUGUAGGGUUAUACAGCAUUGUUGUAUUUAUAUAAUUCAAAAGAAUUAAAAUUAAAAAAUAUUGAAUUGAAUAAUUUAAGAAGUAUUAAUUUACCAUUAAUUAUGAUAAAAUCUUCUGAUAAAAUGAAAGUAAGAUAACAUGAAAGUAUUAUAAUAGAAGAUAGUUUUUUUUCUUAAAACUUACUUUUAUUAACUAAGAUUAGUGAAUAGUAAGCCAUAAUUUAAAUAACUUCAGAGCAAUAUUAAAAUGUGAUAAUAAAAAACGUGACUUUCUUUCAUAAUUACUAACAUAGUUAUAUCCCAGAUCUAUCUUUUAUUUCAUCCUCCACUAUUUUAUUUUCUAGUCCUUAUUCUAGUAUAUUACUUCAAUAGGUAACCUUUGAAAGGAAUAUGAUAACAAAUGGAUAAAAUUCAAAUUUGGUAUUGAAAUCUUUAUGGAUAUUGAUAUUGAAUUGUAGUUUUUUGCAAUCAAAUUUUCCUCCUUUGGAUACUAUUCAAUAGAAUAUAUAUUGGGGUAUAUAAUAAAAUUAAGUGUUAUUUUUGGAAAAUUACACAUAGGCAUUCCAAAUCAAUUCAUAAGGUGGAAGUGCAUAUUUAUCAGCCAAUAUUUUAGAAAUAGAAAAUGUAUUAAUAUUGGAAUCAAGAUCUUAAAAGGGAGGUGCAUUAUUCAUAAUACCAAUAUAAUUAGGAAUAAUUAAAAUUUACAAUAUUACUUUUAUUGAUUGCAGAGCAAGUUUAGAAAAAUUAUCAUCAGCUUAAGGUGGAACAAUCUAUAUUGAUGCUUAAUUAUCUCAAUUAGAUUUGAAUAUAACAAAUGCUCAAAUAACAAGAAGCUAUAGCAGAAGAGAAGGAGGUGUAUUCUUUAUUAAUCCAUCUAAAGUAAAGAAUAAUGUUAGAUUGAUCAAUAUUACAGUGAGUGAAUCCUAUUCCUUAUAUUAUUCAUUUUUAAGAAUUCCAUUUACAUCAAGAGCUGAUGUUUACUUAUAAAAUUUCAUUGUAAGAAAUAGUUAUGCUGGAUUUAAAGAAUAUCUUGGUUUACUAUAUUAUUUAUCAGAAAUUGAAUUAAGUACAUAUUCUUCCAGUUAUUUUAUUUCUUUAAUGGGAAAUCUAUAUAUUUAGAUGAGCACUAUUUCAAAUCAAUUUAGUGGAUUAUUUGAAGUUUAAUCGGGAUAAGUAAACUUUAAAUAAAUUAGUAUUUCUAAUUGCUAAACAUAUUCACAACCUAUGAUGAUAUUCACUUCAGUGAGUUUGUUAAAUUUUUAAAACAUUAAUCUUUUUAAUAUCUCUACUUAUAAAUAUGAUGAAAUUACUGUUGAGAAAUCCGAAAUCACAUACUCUCCAUUGUUAAUGUAAUGUUCUUAAGAGAUUUAUAAACCUUCUUAUAUUUAUGAAGGUAUUAAUAGUUCUAUCAUCAGUUAUUAUGGAUAAAUUAAUAUAAAAAGUAUUUAUUAAAGCUUUAUCAAUCCUAAUUGUUUAAUUUAAAUCGAUUCAAUACAGUAGAAUUUUAAAAUCACUUACUAAGAUAGUUAAUUUUAGAUGUUAAGUUGUCCCAAUUGUUAAAAAGGAUUGAUAAUUCAUAUUUUUACAAAAUAUUAUGAUAUGGGUGUUAAUAUAAUUAAAUUUAGUAAUAUUAAAUUUAAUAAAAACUUAUGUGGAUAUAGUUGUUUAGUAUUUAGAUAAUAGAAUUAAAAUAGAUAUAGAUUGUUAUCUCAAUCUAAGAAAUAAUUAAUAUAUACAAUUGAAGUUACUAAUAGUGAAUUUCACUCUAACACAGGUUAAAAUGGAGGUGUAUUUCAUGUUGAUGAUAUGAAUCUUCUUAUUGUUUCAUGUUUAUUUAAUUAAAAUCAAGCAUCUUAGUCAGGAGCUGUUGUCUAUUUUAUUUCUAAAUCUGCAACUUUUAAUAUUUAUGAUUCAGAUUUGUCAUCAAAUUCUGCCUAAAUAGGAGGAGCAUUCUAUUUAAGUAAUUACACUCUUAAUUCUCCAGAUAAACUUAAUUUACGUCUUAUAGAUAAUUAUGCAAGUUAGUAUGGUUAAAAUUAUGCUGAAUAUCCAUCUCAAUUAACAUUGUCUCUUGAUGGAGGUAAGAUAUUAUUAGAAAAGAAAGUGAUUUUGUCAAAUACUACAACCAUUAUAGAUCAGGUAACAAUAAAACCAUAUUCUUUUAAUAAUGAAAUAAAAAAAUAUAUAAAUUUACCGAGUGGUUAAGCUAUAAGCAGUUAUAAAUAUUAUAAUGAGACAGCAUAAUAGUUUGUAUCUUACAAUUUGACAUUUCGUAUCUUAGCAUUAAACAAAUAAUAUAAUAAAAUUUAAAAUUUAGAUGGGACAAAAUGUUCAAUCAAAUCAUAUCUUGUAUCUAAAUUAAGUGCAAAUUCAGAGAUUCCAAUAACUAUUUAAUCAAAAAAUAAUCAGAGCUUUUUGAAUUUAAAGGAGAUCCUGUUUAAUACUACAACCUAAGAUUAUAAUUUAGAUGAUAUGAUAAUUUAUUUUGAUCCAACAAAAAAUACUGAAGAAGUUUUAUAAUUGGAAUUCAUUUGUAAUUCUGUAAAGAUAUCAAUAUUUAAUUCUGAAGCUCCAUAUUAAAUAAUAAAAUUUAUUGAAGAUUAUCGUUUGAGAAUAAAUGUUUAAACUCUAGAUUGUCAGUUAGGAGAAUAAAAAAGAGUUGAUGAUGGUACAUGUGUUGUAUGUGAUUCAACAUUGGAUUAAUAUUCAGUUUAACCAGGAUAACGAUGCCAAAUACGUGAUUCAAUAUCUACAGAGAAAGUGACAUCAGCAAGGGUAAAAUUGAGAUCUGGAUAUUGGAGACCAUAUACGUAUAGUGUAAAGAUAGAAUAUUGUUUAAAUAUGGAAAAAAAUUGUGAAGGAGGAUGGAUACCAGGAAAUCUAUCUUGUUUUGCUGGUCAUAUUGGUGCAUUAUGUGAAUAAUGUGAUAUUUAUAAUAUAGAAGGAAAGGGAUCUUGGUCUAUGAAUGGAUAAUAUAAAUGUGGUAGUUGUGAUCAAAUUGGAAAUAAUACUUUUAAAGUAGUAUUAGUGAGUGCUUGGACUAUUAUAUCUAUUAUGUUAUAAGUAAAGAGUACAAUGGAGAUGGUUGAUAAUAUAGUCCUAGGAAAUAAAUUGAAGAAGUCUUAUUUUGAGAAUCCAAAAACUGGUUAUGGAGGUAUUCUUAUAAAAGUGUUAACAAAUUAUUUAUAGAUUAUAGGAGUUGUAACCACAUUCUAACUUUCUCUACCUAGUGCUUUAUCUGAAGCAUUCGAAACAGUAGGCUCUCCUAUCGAAUCUAUGAGUUAUUCUUUAGAUUGUUUUCUCAUUCAGAUGACAAAUAUUGACAUUCUUUAUUUCAGAAUGAUCUGGGCUUUAAUUAUGCCAUUGAUCUACAUUAUUACAUUCUUUAUUCUUUAUGCUAUUGCUAUAAUGGCUAGAUUAAUUAAUUCUAAUAAGAGUGCUAUCAGUACUACACUUAUAUAUUUAUUUACUUUUUUAUAACCUACUCUAUUAGGUGGAUUCAUUUCCUUAUUGUCAUUUAGAUAUAUUUCAGAUAUCUAUUGGAUAUAAGGUAAUGUAUCUUAUAGAUAUAAUACAAGUUCUCAUGUAAAAUGGUUACUUACUUUUGUAUUGCCAUCAGCUUUGAUGUUAGGAUUCAUCAUACCAACUUAUUUAUUUCUUAAUCUCUUUAAAAUUAGAACUAAAUUAGAUGAACCAGAUAGUAGAAAGAGUUGGGGUUAUCUCUAUAAUGAAUAUUAACCUAAAGCAUACUUUUGGGAAAUUGUUAAAAUUUAUGAGAAGAGUUUUAUCUUAUCCUUCCUCACUUUUUAUGAAGAUUUAAUCAUUAUUAAAGCUGCAUUAAUAUUUAUUAUUGUAUUCAUAUACUCUGGAUUGACCAAAAAGUAUAAACCUUAUAAACUUCCAUUUCUUAAUUAAAUUGAUGAUUUUAGUACCCUAGUAUGUGGAACAUCAAUAGUCUUAGGAAUGACUUUAUAUUCUGCCAAUAAAAGCAACAAUUAAGAAAUUAUCUGGCCAUUUUACAUUUUCUUAGUUAUAAUCAAUUCAACUUUCAUAUUUAUUAUUCUUUGGGAAAUUCUAUGGGCUAAUCUACAUAAUUAAUAAAUUGUUUUAGAUAAAUUUAGAGAUAAAAUCAAUUCUAAAUUUCCUCAUUUAAAAAAUACAAAUUGGUUAACAAAAAGACUAUUAAUUAAUAGAGGAGAAUAACUUAAAAGAAUCAAAAAAAGAUGGAAGUAGAUUAGAGAAUAUUUGUUAAAUUUUAUAAGAAAGAAAGGUUCAUUAGCAUAAACUGCAGAUCAGUACAAUAUUUAUUUAUAUAUUUUAUUAGUGAGAGUAAUACCGUUGAAAUAAUAAAGAAUCUACCUCUUCCAAAAUUUCAUAAUAAAAUUUAUCCUGAGAAUUUUAUAAAUGACUUUGAACCUUAAUUAUUACCAAUUUGA